CCCCUUCCCCCCUGUUUUCCCGUCGAGUGAUGCACCUGGAAUGAGAAUCAGAGGAUGGAAAUAGUCUGGGAGGUGCUUUUUCUUCUUCAAGCCAAUUUCAUCGUCUGCAUAUCAGCUCAACAGAAUUCACCAAAAAUCCAUGAAGGCUGGUGGGCAUACAAGGAGGUGGUCCAAGGAAGCUUUGUUCCAGUUCCUUCUUUCUGGGGAUUGGUGAACUCAGCUUGGAAUCUUUGCUCUGUGGGAAAACGGCAGUCGCCAGUCAACAUAGAGACCAGUCACAUGAUCUUCGAUCCCUUUCUGACACCUCUGCGCAUCAACACCGGAGGCAGAAAGGUCAGUGGGACCAUGUACAACACUGGAAGGCAUGUGUCCCUCCGCCUGGACAAGGAGCACUUGGUCAACAUUUCAGGAGGGCCCAUGACAUACAGCCACCGCCUGGAGGAGAUCCGGCUACACUUUGGGAGUGAGGACAGCCAAGGGUCCGAGCACCUCCUCAAUGGACAGGCCUUCUCUGGGGAGGUACAGCUCAUCCACUAUAACCACGAGCUAUACACAAAUGUCACAGAAGCCGCGAAGAGUCCGAACGGAUUGGUGGUAGUUUCUAUAUUUAUAAAAGUUUCUGAUUCAUCAAACCCAUUUCUUAAUCGAAUGCUCAACAGAGAUACUAUCACAAGAAUAACAUAUAAAAAUGAUGCAUAUUUACUACAGGGACUUAAUAUAGAGGAACUGUAUCCAGAGACCUCUAGCUUCAUCACUUACGAUGGGUCGAUGACUAUCCCGCCCUGCUAUGAGACGGCGAGUUGGAUAAUAAUGAACAAGCCUGUAUACAUAACCAGGAUGCAGAUGCAUUCCCUACGCCUCCUCAGCCAGAAUCAGCCAUCGCAGAUCUUUCUGAGCAUGAGUGACAACUUCAGGCCUGUCCAGCCACUCAACAACCGCUGUAUCCGCACCAACAUCAACUUCAGCUUACAGGGGAAGGACUGUCCUAACAACAGGGCCCAGAAGCUGCAGUACAGAGUAAACGAAUGGCUCCUCAAGUAGGGAACUAAGCCAAGAAGAAUCCCACCUCAGUGAAAUUCUACAACUGUGAAUUGACGUAACCCAGAAUGCCCCCUCUUUCUUCCUUCUCCUUCCUCCCCUAAGCCUUUCACUCUUUGGAUUGGCCCCUUCUUCAUGAAAACUGUUUGCAAAAAUGUGUCAGAAGAGUUCAUCUCUACACACACACACACACAUAUGUAAACACAAGUACACACACAUCCAUACCACCUCCAGGAUGGGAAGUCAAGUCUCAGAAACAGAGGUUCCUUCAUCAAAGGUCUUAGAAGAAAACAACCAGUUAACCUGAUUACAAUUUUGAUACUGUUUUCCUGAACUAAUAACUAUCCAAUGAGACUUCUCAGCCUUUGUACAUACAAAAAUUCUUCUGAAAGAGAGAGGGGAGAAAACACUGUUCCAAAAGCAUCAAGUGGACUCUGUAUCCCAUCAUCCCUGACGAUGUCCUAGGAUACCCUGAGGAUGCUGGUGACAGGUGAACCAGGACAAAGCUGACCAAGGACACUUAUUUCUAGAUUACAAUUCUUCUGUUUACUCAAUGAUUUAAAAAGAAAAUAUUCAAAAAAAAGGACAUACAUCAAAGAGCUAUAUGUUGUGUAUAUAUAUAUCACCGCAGACUAUAAGAAUGGAAUUAUUUCCCUCUUUGUCACAUAACCGUACUAGGAUUUGCCCGAGAUCAGAAUUGAUCCAUUUGCUGUUUCUUGUUUUCUGAAGGUCAUACAUUGUGUUUGGUUAUUGUUAACAGCCCAAUAAAUGUGUUUAAUGCGUUGAUUUCAUUUUUCUGGCUUUGGUCUGUUCUCCUUCCUGCCAGGCUAAGCCCUAGCCCCAUGCAGCUACCUUCUUGGAUCUCCCGUGGUUCCUUCACCCUCCAUGUUUUGUUCAUUUGCAGCCAGUUUUACUGAGUUUGUGGCAAGCAGGAAUGCACUUGCUAAGCAGGUAUGCCUUUAGUCCCACUCCAUGGCUCGGUCAUUCAUCCCAGGUGAGCUUCGGCCUGAUAUAGUAGGCGACAGAUUCCUUGCGUUUCAAAACUGCCAUUCCCCGCCCCCCAACCCCUGUGAUGCUCCUGAAGGAAUGCACUUUGCCUUGUAAAUUCCUGGGAAAUUGGGGUAUCUUUUCUCUCCAGGUGCAGCCAGAUCUCACAAAGUACAAACGAAUGCCUUUCUUUUCUUGUUUAUAAUGGUCACUCACUGUGUUUGGUUACUGUCAAAAAACAAAAUCAAUAAAUGUGUUUAACGAGUUGCCCAA